AAAAACAUUUUUUUAAAUUUCACUUUGGGAUUAUUUAUAGGAUACUUCCCUAGUUGGUAAUGAUUACAGUUGCAUAAAGACGAUGAUUAUUUACCAUUCGAUAAAAAUCUGAGUUAAAAAGAGGUUUUGCACUUCAAUUUUAAAACCCGAGCACCAUGGCACAUAAAAAUCAUGUUUCGCCUCUGCGUGAAAAGGGAAAUACAGAUCUUGAAUUUGGUGGUCCAAAAGUUUCAAGACCUGACUCUUCCCUUAAUAGACCAGGGAAGAAAUCGGAAAUUAUCAUAAAGGAACAAAAAGAAAAAGCUGAAAAAUUUGAAGCUUUUUACAAAAAGUUAGGUAAUCAAGUGAUUCCCGAAGAUAAGAGAAUUGAUUAUGUGUUGGUCUAUCCAAAAGUUAAUUUGAAAGAAAUCGAAGACGAGGAUGACCGUAAAGAGGUAGAGAGACAAAUUGAGCUCCGAGAAAAGUUUGAGUUUGCAAUGCACAAGGAGGGACUUAUGAAACAAAAGAUUGAAAUAGAUAAUUAUGUAUAUACAAAACUUCAUUGCCCAUUCAGAAGGUUGUGCGAAGAAGCAGAGGCAGUGUCACUGGAGAUGCCUUUAUUAGGGUGUGAAAGUGAACACAAAGAAGAAACGAAUCGUUGUACAGACUGGAUAACAAAACGUUUAGUAACAGAUAAUGAAG